CUACCACGUUUCUGUGGCAACAUUUUACAUAAACGUCAAACGAAAUACUGAAUAUGCACGAAAGAAUAAUGCAAAAAAUUCGCGAAAAUAAUAACAAUUCGUAUUUAUGAAUUACAAUUUAUAUUCUUUAUUAUCUUAUUGGGUUUUUAUGUAAACAUGCGGUCGGUGAAAACUGAAAAUGCUAGCAGCAGCGAACAAUUACUAGCCUGCCGGGUUUGUUUAGCCACUGAAGCUAAGUUGUACUAUAUUUAUGAAAAUGGACUAGAAAAAGAAAUUCUGGAGCUACUAGGGAUCGAGGUGUCAGUGGUAGAUGGGUAUCCACAGCACAUUUGUGCAUUCUGCCGAGUACUUUUAGCAAAGUUUAAGAGGUUCCGAGCUUGCAGCCAACGGGCCCAGGAACUGCUGCGGACACUUAAGAAACAACAUGGGAUUAAUACAAGCACCGUUGCUACCGUCAACUCUCCAUUCCCAAUCCUAACUAUCCACACCACCACCCUCAUAGAAUACCAAUACCAAGAACAACCAGAACCACCAGAACCCGUAGUCAAAGACGAAGUAGAAUCCAAGCAUGAAGAUAUAGUGAAAUACGAAGAUUUAGAUAAUAAUUUAGAUGUGGAUGAUAAUAUAGAUUAUGAUGAUGAGGAGUAUAAGGAGGAAGUGGAAGUUAAGAAGAGGAAGCGGAAGAGGAGGGUUGAGAAGGAAGUUACGAGGGAGAAAAAGAAGUUACCUAAAGAAAAGAAGAUAAAGAAAAUGUUCGACUGCGAGGCCGACUUCCCCGCGUUCGAGGCCAAAUACAACAUGGAAAUAGUUGUGUUAACUAUGGAGCAGCAGCUAGAAAACAUGGCCGCCAGGAAGAACUCCUCCAACUAUAUCAACUCGCCGUAUAAAUGCCAGCUGUGCUUCAAAGGGUUUUCCUCUGAAGCUACUUUUAAGAAUCAUACUUUGAAGCAUCAUGACCCGAGUGUAGGAGCGCAGCAGUGCGAGCUGUGUUUCUCUCGUUUCCGUAUCCCCGCGUUCCUGCGCACGCACGCCGAGACGCACCGCCUCAAGUUUGUCUGCAAGGACUGCCGCUUUGUCGCCAGUAAUAGGUACCACGCUAUUACGCACUUCCGCGAGCACAGCGGCUUCAAAUACGUCUGCAAAUAUUGUGGAGCCAGUUUCAAGAAACCUUCGACACACGGCACGCACGUCCGUAUCCAGCAUCCCACCGAGAACACAUCGUGCGACGUGUGCGGGGAGACCUUCCAGGGGGACUUCGGGCUGAGGAUGCACAAGACUAGAGCGCACAAGCAGAACUCCGAGAACGAAUCCGGCUCGCUGAACUGCAGCACGUGCGGCGUGCAGUUCGCCAGCUCGUACGCGCUGGCGCGGCACACGUUCACGGCGCUCGACAACGUGUGCAACCCGAGCAUGAGAGCGUGUACUCUGUGCGGGGAAAACCUGGCGACCGAUGAACUGCUGAGGAGCCAUACUCAGGAGCGGCAUAGCAAGCCGGAGACCAAGUGCGAUGAGUGCAACAAGACAUUCCUAACCGAGGCGUCUCUGAGCGUCCAUUACGAACGCGUCCACCUCCAAGUGAAAAAUGUGAGACGGAAAGCGUCGUACCAGGCCCGGAAACAGUACGGGGGAGUAGUCAUGUGCGAGCUGUGCGGGAAGAGGUGUAAGAACAGCACCAUCCUGAAAUACCACCAGCGCACACACACAGGGGAGAAGCCCCACAGCUGCCCGCGGUGUCCCAAACGAUUCGUCUCCCCCAUGCUGCUACACUGCCACCUGCGGUCCCACACGGGGGAGCGACCGUACAAGUGCGCGCAGUGCCACAAGUCCUUCACGCAGAAGUCGGCGCUCACCGUACACAGCACGGUUCACACGGGUGAGAAACCAUUCGCCUGCAGCAUCUGCGGCAAGUCGUUCACACAAGCGGCCUCCGUUCACACGCACGUUAAGUAUGUCCAUAUGAAGAUGCCCGCGCCACCGCGCCGCCGGAACCUCAAGCGGGAGUAGACUGUCACACUAUGGAGAAACCAUUCAACUGCAAUAUAUGCGCAAAGCCUCCGUGCACACAUACGGUC